UUUUGUAAGUUUGACACGAUUUCUAUCAAAUUUUCUUGCCGUUUACGCGCUUACUGGUAGCCCCCACGCGGUUUCAUUCAUGGACCUCUGCAGCUCCCUUCUCCCUCUCUCUUCCCCUCUUCCAACUCUUUUAUGGCAAAUCAUGGAGCCACACCGCCCGCCGACCAUACAUGAAACCAAAGAUUGAAGCUAGAAAGGCUUCAAUCAGCUCGCAAUUGAAACCUCUUUUCCCACACCUCGUAACGGCUUAAGAGAAUCCAAGAAAAACCAUAUUUUACGUUUUGGACUCUACUAUUUGUCUGAAAAAGAUUCAAUCGUUUAAUCAUUUUCGUACCCACCCCUUCUCAUCCUCACUCCCCAACAAAGCAAACCCUUGUUUCCCCAACAGAUAACACUCGUCUCACUCACAUAUACAAAUUGCAGCUUAAUCCAAUAAUUGUUGUUUAUUGUUUAUUAAUUUUUCACAGGACCAUUUGCAUGUUGGUCUUUUUGCUCCCUCUUAUCCAGCCCCCCGUGAUUUUUAGCUUUCUCGGUUUGCUAUUUGUGGGCUUGAAAUGUACUACAGUCGAAGCGCACAAGGCUUGUACCUUGCUUGUUGAAUUUUCUUGAAAAUGUCGCAGAAGCGGCAACAGCGGGAGGAGGGCACGCCUUUUGACGAGAGGCGUCCCAGGAAAUCAAAAUCCUUUAAAAGUGUGGUGCUGGAGGUAAUGAGCCUCUGCAAAUUGCAACAUCUCAUGGAGCCGGUUCUUGAGCCCCUGAUUCGUCGAGUUGUGAAAGAGGAAGUGGACUCCGCGUUGAGAAAAUACAUAAUCAAUAUGAAAAGGAAUUGUGGGAAGGACACACAUUCUUCUGAACCGAGGGAUUUGUGUUUACAGUUUUCGAAUGCCAUAUCUCUUCCGGUGUUUACUGGAACACGUAUUGAAGGAGAAGGGUCCACCAGAAUAGGAGUUUCGUUAGUCGAUUCCCUUACUGGGGAAGUUGUUUCUAGUGGUCAUGGAUCCUCUGAGAAGGUAGAGAUCGUAGUUCUUGAAGGAGAUUUUGAUGGAGACGAGAGAUGGACACUUGUAGAGUUCCAAAAUAAUACAGUGCGAGAGCGGGAUGGCAAGAAACCCCUCCUAUCCGGGGAUCUUAUCAUGACCCUGCAAGAUGGCAGGGGUUUGGUCGGUAAUGUUAUGUUUACAGAUAAUUCAAGCUGGACAAGAAGCCGCAAGUUUAGGCUGGGGGCUAAACUUUUGGACAGCACCAGUGGCAUCAGAGUAAGAGAGGCUAGAUCAGAACCCUUUGUUGUUAGAGAUCAUCGUGGAGAAUUGUACAAGAAGCACCACCCUCCAUCACUUUCUGAUGAAGUAUGGCGGCUGGAAAAGAUUGGUAAAGGCGGAGCUUUUCACAAACGUUUGAGGAAGGAAAGAGUCACUACCGUUGAGGAUUUUCUGGUGUCGUUCUUCUUAAACCCUACAAGGCUUCGAAAUAUCCUUGGGGCUGGCAUGUCUUCCAAAAUGUGGGAAGUAGCAGUGGAGCAUGCUCGGACGUGUGUUCUUGACCAGAAAUUGCAAUUCUACGGUGCCACUCAAGAUAAUGGUGUUGUUUUCAACAUGGUCGGGCAACUGAUGGGGAUCAUCUCGAACAGCCAGUAUCUUCAUGCUGAUAAGCUCUCCGAAGCAGAAAAGACGGAGGCCCAUGAGUUAGUCAUCUCUGCAUUUGCGGACCGUGACAAAAUUGUCAGUUUUGAUGAUGACUCGCCUCUGAAUUUCCCCACCUCAUCAAGCUUAUCCGUGGCUCAAUCUUGUUCAAACUUGCCCUCCGAGACGAGUUUCCAUGCGGAUGAUUCUUACUUGCAGCAAAAUGCUUCUUCCCCAAACUACAUGGAGUCAGUGUACUCUGUCGGAGGCUUGAGCACCUUCGAAGAUUGCCUGCACCAAGUUGCAGACGGCCUGAUCUGCGACGCUGACACCUUCAGUCGUGCAUUCUGUGCAGACGAACUGCAAUACUUUGAGACAGAUCGGGCAAUCCACAGCCCACCUCUUGAUUUAUCAGACAAUAUACAGGCCGACAUCAGUGCUUAUAUACCGUAUUCUGAUGUUCCCACCGGUAAAGCUCAGAGGGGGUGGAACAUUCUAGUCUUUGUGUUGAGAUGGUGGUUCUCGAUAAGAAGAAUUGUGGCUAGAAAAACCCGCGUUUGAUCGAGGUACGUACUAUGAUUAAAGAUGUUUCUUGAAGAUCCUCUGCAGCUACAUGGGAAGAGAAUUUACAAGUUGUUAUACAUACAUGCAAUGCAUAUAUACAGAUUUUUGCUCGAUUUUUUGUGAAAAACUUGUACAAUAAGCAAUGGUGUAAGUGCAACAGUGUGAAAUUGUAUAUUGUAGUGUUCUAGGGGUGGUCUAGUUUUCCAUUCAAGGACUACCUUUUUUGUACAUAUUCAAUAUGUGAAUAAUAAAAUAGACACUUAUUUCCA